UUUUUUCGGAAAAAGAUCUAGAAAAUGAUCAAUUGGACCCUUUGAUUUUUUUUUUUAAACACUGGUUAAAGGGUAUCUAACUGGUUUAUGCGAUAUGUGGUUUGGUAGAAUUGUGCUCUCAAAAUGUUAUGAAACUUGCCUAACCAAACGUACGAUGGGCUUGAACGUGUGUGUUCAAUCAUGAAGUUACACUUACAAACAUAACACAGCCGAUAUUUAUGUUUAUUUGGGCUGUAUAAGGGCCCACUAAAAAUAUAUGUCGAACUUUUACCCACGUCACGAAUUGUUGCUGUUGUCUUUAAAACGCCACCGUUUUAAGAAACCAGAGUCUUACCAAAUCGUGAUUCAGUUGAUAAGCCAGGGAUCUUAUAACGUCGCUCUACCACUAUAAGCAAACUAACCUAUCUUAUCUUGCUCAUAAUUUUUUUUCCAUACUAGCGUCUCUUGUUUUCUUUGAAUUCAAAAAAAAAAUCUUUCUUUUUUCUUUUCACCUUUAUAGUAACUAAUUUAAUUUUCCCACGCUAUAAAUAUCAGAUCGUCACCCACAACAAAUGCUCAAAAGCAAACCAACAAAGAAAAUUAAAACGAACUCUCUCUGCACUGCUCAAUCUCGCUUUUGCUCGCGUUUCCAGAUUCUUCGAUCGGCGAGAAACCUAUCAUCAUCUAAUCUCUGCAGAGCUGCUGUGCAGUAAUGGCUACUGUAGAGAAGGAACUCACGUUCUUGAUUCUUCAAUUUCUCGAUGAAGAGAAACACAAGGAAACUGUUCACAGAUUGGAAUCGGAGUCUGGUUGUUACUUCAACAUGCGUUACUUUGAGGAACUGGUGACUAAUGGCGAGUGGGACGAAAUGGAGAAGUAUCUUUCUGGAUUCACCAAGAUUCAGGACAACGAACAGUCCAUGGAAAUCUUCUUUGAGAUCCGAAAGCAAAAGUAUCUCGAAGCGUUGGAUAAGGGUGAUCAUGCUAAAGCUUUGGACAUAUUACGCAAGGAUCUGAGGUUUUGUGCACCUUUUUCUGAAGAUAUCUUCAAGGAAAUGAUGCUGCUUUUGACACUGGACGACUUUAGAGAAAACCCGAAACUCUCUACGUACAAGGACACAGAGUCAGAGAGAGGUCUUCUGUUUCCUGUCUUAGAGAAACUGAUAAAGACUAAUCCACUUUUCCGCGACAAACUCGAUUUUCCUACUGUCAAGACUUCAAGGUUGCGUACUCUAAUCAACCAAAGUUUAAACUGGCAGCAUCAUCUAUGUAAGAAUCCUAGGCCAAAUCUUGAAAUCGAGACUCUGUUUGUGGACCAUAUAUGCAAGAAACCCAUUGCUGCGCGAGCUGCAUCCCCUGCUACAAAUCAUCCCAAUAUUGCAACUGAAGUGUUGUCACCUCAUGAUCCUACUCCUGGUUCAACAAUCCCAGCUGCUCCUGGUGCUCUUGGUGCUCCUGUCAGGCGUCGUCGUUCUGCAUCUUCACGUCCUGCUGCUGGUCAUAUGGAAUGUCAAACUGCUGAUUCUAACAAUCCUUUGAAGAGAUCAAGGCCGUGUGAAACCUCACAGGAGGUGGGUAAUAUUCCGCCAGUUCCAUAUUCUGGCCAGCCCCAUGGACAUAAUACAUUAUCACCUGAUGACUUGCCCAAGAUAGUUGUUGCAACUCUUCCUCAGGGUUCACCUGUCACUAGCAUGGACUUCCAUCCAUUUCAGCAAAUUGUACUACUGGUUGGUACAUUUGGUGGUGAUGUUUUCCUGUGGGACGUGGGUAUUCGUAGAAAGAUUUCAGAGAAGUGUUUUGAUGUCUGGAAGCCUGAUGCAUGUUCAAUAGAAUUGCAGACAUCUUUAUACGCUGAUGAGACGGCAUCGGUAAAUCACGUGGCAUGGUGUCCUGAUGGAACUCUGUUUGGCGUGGCAUACUCAAAAAACAUCGUGCAUAUCUAUUCCUUUGGUUGGGAAAAUGUCGUACGAAGUCGUCUGGAGAUUGAAGCUCAUACAGGAGGUGUCAACCAUCUUGCCUUUUCAUAUCCUAACGAACAACUAUAUGUUGUUACUUGUGGGGAUGACAGACUCAUUAAGGUUUGGGAUGCUAUUACUGGGGCUAUACGGUUUACUUUUGAGGGUCAUGAAGCUCCUGUGUUCUCUGUUUGUACUCACCAAAAGGAAAAUAUCCAGUUUGUCUUCUCAACAGCAACUGAUGGAAAAGUAAAAACUUGGCUGUAUGAUGAGUUGGGUGCGAGAGGUACCUAUGACGCACCUGGCCAUUCUUCGUCAAGAAUGGCAUACAGCAGCAAUGGAACAAGGUUGUUUUCCUGUGGUACAAACAACGAAGGAGAGUCAUUCUUAGUCGAGUGGGAAGAUAGUGAAGGCUCUAUAAAAAGAACAUAUCAAGGCCUUGGACAACGUGCUGUAGGGAUUGUACAAUUUGACACAACCAAGAAUAGAUUCUUAGCUGCUGGCGAUGAAUCGACUAUCAAAAUUUGGGACAUGGACAACACAAAUCCUUUGACUACUAUUCAUGCAGAUGGUGGCUUACCGGCUUCUCCUUGUGUUAGAUUUAAUAAGGAAGGAACACUUUUAGCUGUCUCAACCGGUGACUAUGGUGUUAGAAUUCUCGCUACUGAUAAUGGAUUCAGGUUGCUGAGAACAGCAGAAAAUCGCUUACUUGCCACUAAGGUUCCUGGAGGUGUUGGCUUUGGUUCUUCAAAUGCAAAUGCAGAUCAAUCUACCUCUUUUGCAGCUACGAAGAAAAAUGAAGUGCGACCUCUGGCUGAUGGGAUGCCCAGAACAUCUAAUGUUUCAGGUGAAGGAUCUACGAGGUGGAAAGUUACAGAGAUUACAGAACCAUCUCAGUGCUACUCCUUGAGGCUCCCUGACAAUGUGACAGACACGAAGGUUUCCAGAUUAAUCUACACAAAUUCUGGAUCUGAAGUACUGGCCUUGGCUUCUAAUGGAGAGCACAAGUUGUGGAAAUGGCAGAAUAGCGAUGAUAAUUUGGAUGGAAAGGCAACUGCUAAGGCACGCCCAGUAUUAUGGAAACCUAAAAGUGGGAUUACAAUGAUUAAUGAGACAAGUGAUACAAACCCGGAAGAGGCUAUUCCCUGUCUUGCUCUCUCAAAGAAUGACUCCUACCUUGUGUCAGCUUCAGGGGGGCAAAUCUCUGUGUUCAACAUGGUGACCUUCAAGAGUAUGGUGACGUGCAUGCCUCCACCGCCUGCAGCAACAUUUCUUGCGUUUUAUCCUUCAGAAAAUAAUAUCAUUUGCAUUGGCUUGGAGGAUUCAUCUAUCAAAAUCUACAAUCUUAGAAGUGGCGAGGUGAGAGCUGUAUUGAAAGGCCAUAAGAACAGAAUAACAGGGCUUGCUUUCUCACGGGGUAUGGACGUUCUAGUUUCUUCGGGUGCUGAUUCACAGUUGUGCGUUUGGGGCAUGUUUAGAUGGAGGAAGCGACAUAGUAAGUAUUUACAAGUUCCACAAGGAAGAUCAACGCCGGCUGUUUCAAAUACCCGAGUGCAGUUCCAUCAAAAUGGGAUUCAUCUGUUGGUGGUCAAUGAAACGCAUAUAGCCAUUUACCAUGCUCGGAAACUGGACUUGUUGAAUAAUUGGUUUCGAUUGGAAGCGACUACUCCAAUCACAUCAGGUACAUAUUCAGGUGAUAGCCAGUCAAUCUUUGUGAGCUUUGAAGAUGGUACUGUGGAUGUCCUCACUGCGUCAAAUCUGAGACUGAGAUGUCGGAUUAAUCCAACAGCUUACUUGCCUUCGAACCCAAGCUCAAGAGCAUAUCCGCUAGUGAUCGCAGCUCAUCCGUCAGAGAGUAACCAGUUUGCAGUGGGGCUCAGUAAUGGCCAUGUCUAUGUGGUGGAACCAUCGAAAACAGAAGGAACAUGGGAAACCUCGCCUCCAGGCUCCAGCUGACAACUUUAGAGUUUUAUAGAUUUUGUUUUUGGUCAAAAAAGCUUUAAUAUAGUCUUUACUUUGUAUAGUCACUCAAAUGAUCUCAAACAAAAGUAACAUGGGGAACA